GGGGCACCUGUGUUGAUGGUCAAGGAGGAUGAAAUGAUGGAGCCCAUUCUCACCACCUGGCAUCACCCUGACAGAAAGUCCAGAAUCCAGCUGCAUAGACUGGAUAUGAGUGUGUGGCUUAGCUGUGUGAACAUUACCAUGUUGAAGAUGACUGCACCCCAAUCAGAGGAGACCAUGAUGAAGCUGGUGAUUACUGCUGUGAUCCUCCUCCUGACUGUGUCUGGGGUCUCUACUGGCUGUGGUAGAGCUGAGUACCUUAUAGGACAGGAGUGCUGUCCCAUGUGUGGCCCUGGUUAUUAUGUGCGGAAACAUUGCACAGAGUUCACCAGCACAACAUGUGUUCCAUGUCUGUCAUCGUCUUACACUGAUGCACCCAAUGGACUUGUGUCGUGCAGAUCCUGCACAGUUUGUGACUCCAGUGCCGGUCUAAGAGUGAAGAGGGCCUGCAGCUCCACCUCAGACACACUCUGUGAGCCUCUGGAAGGUCAAUACUGCACUGACCCAAUCAAAGAUGGCUGCAGAGGAGCUGUGGAACACCUAAAGUGCUCACCAGGACAGUACAUCAAACAGCCAGGCACAUCGUCUUCAGAUACUGUGUGUGGUGACUGUGUAGGUGACACAUACUCAAAUGGAACAUUCACAUCCUGCAGACCACACACACAGUGUGAGUUGCUGGGACUUUAUGUCACAAGAAAAGGAUCAACAUCUUAUGACACUGAAUGUGCUGAAAGAAAAAACACUGUUUCCAUCGUAGUCAGUGUAGUUGCUGUUAUAGUCCUUAUAUGUGGGGUUCUGGUUGGCCUCUUUAUAUUAUGGAAGAAGAAAAAACCCAAACCAACAACCCCACCAGACAUAUUUUUGGAGAAAGACCUUAUUGGUCCAGUGCCAGAUCACAUUGUAACAACAGAGGAGCAAGGUGAAAGCUGUAGUGUGAUGGCAGCAGUUACGUGAUCAGAAUGAUCUGAAUGGUCCAAGUGGCCAUGCUAGUUAAAGUGAUGCUGCUUAUGAACCAGACAGUAUUGCAGAAUGGCCUGUUCUCAUCCUGGACCGACUGAUCACUGUGACCUGAAGGUGCUGAUGCAUCAUACCUCCUCACUACGCUACCUCACCUCCCCACUGCAGAGACCUGGUCAAGCCAGAGUGGACCUGCAUACCAUGAGAGAACACUAUUUUGGUGGAUAUGGAUAUCAGAACUCUCAAUAACUCAAUAAUAAGUGUUUUCAAAUCACGUUGUUUGUGACAUUUUAAACAAAACACCUGACCUACCUCAUGAAGAAAGCACCGCUGUCUACUGUGUGAACCGCUGUGGACCUGCAUAUCUGAUGGUGAACUGAGGGACCUGCCCUGGGCUCUGCAGGAGGAUGGAGGCCACAGACUUUGUGAUGCCCCAAGUCCAUGUGUCUGAGUUCUGCAAAGCCACACAGGGAACAUGUACAUUUAAGAUGUUCACAUGGGGCGCCGUGUGAAACAGACCAAAUGUGUUGGUGGGUGUUUUGUUUAGGAUUUUGUUUUUCAAGGAAACUGGGUUUGGAAGGAAACUGGACGCUAUAAGGAUUGUCAAAGUUGAGAAUACUUUUGUUUGUUGUAGAUCUUCAAAACAAAGUGAAUGCUGGGUAAUCUUGAGAAGCCAGCACUAAAGGAUGUGGAAUCCUUACAGUCAGAAAACAUCUGGGACCCUUAUUUAAAUGAUGGACUAGGUCUAAAGUCUAAAGUCUGCUUUCAGUUGUUUUCUUUUUCAAGGAAAAUGGGUUUGGAAGGAAACUUGACCCUAUAAGGAUUGUCAAGAUACUGGAUACUGGGAAUGCUGGGUAAUCUUGAGAACACUAAGGGAUGUGGAAUCCUCACACUGACAUAGAGUCCAUAGUGCUAGCCUGGGAAUACCCAGAUGAACCUUUAGCAAAUUUGGGAUUUGCUCUGCAGGGCCAUCUGGCCAAGAGGCCAUUGAAGCCCAUUUCCAAUGUCCCUAAAACACGGCAUGCAAAUACCAUCACUAACCCGGCAUUGGUGUGUAUUUCUUUGGAAUUGAGUAAACAACUGCAUUUAAAACCUUAGUUUACAAGAUUGCUGCACUUCUGAAACAAUUUGGUAAGAGUUUAAUGCACCAAUUUCAGUUUAAUUUCACUGAUAGUUACGCCCCUUCUGGAAGUCAUAAGUCAAUUAUCCUUCUCCAGACCAACUCUCAAUUGUACAAUUGUGAAUGUCAGCGUGCUAACCAGGCUACCAUUAGGCCUCCUGGAGGCUCUGAUCCAGUAUAAGAUUUGUAAAAUUAAUUCAGUUCUGCCAUUAGUCAUAGAUUAGUCUGUAGAUGCCUCCACAUGGGGCCUGUAUGUUAUUUCAUAUAUGGUUUUGAAAUGAAAAUAUAUUAAUGUGGAUAUAGACAGCUUUUCUUAUAUUUUUGCUGAGCUUUCAAACCAGAUCAUAGAACAGCAUAGUGCAAUAACCAUUAACCAUCAUAAAUCAUAAAUACUGCUUGUUUAUAGCAGGGUGUUGUGGAAACCUCCCAUAAGCAAUAAAGGUGGAAAGUCUUCAAAAUCCAGUGGAAUAGGAGCCGUCACAAAACUACAGAGGCAUUUUAACCAUAAUCUCACAAAACUACAGAGGCCUCUGUGCCCAUUACCACAGAAGAUGAUUUAAAAACCGGUGGAAAACAGUUACCAUUAGUCACUCACUCCUAACAGUGUCACCUCCAGUGCCUGACCAGCCCUGUGCUAUCCCUUAGCUAAAUAGAAGAGGAUCUGAAGAAUUUGCCUAAAGAAAUUAGAAACAAAAGAAAACACACAAGGCCACAAAGGCGAUUGCACAAAUGCUAUGGCUGGUUAGGCUAUAGUUCUAAAGCAUUUAUCAGCAUGGAUCAUAAACAACAGUUGGAAAAGUACCUAAAACAAUCCCUAGUAAAAGUUACACAAGAUACCUUAAUGUAGGACCACAUCAGGUUCAAAGGAGGAAGAAGGAUAAAACUGAAACACUCCAAAACGUUGCACCUGUUCCUUGCAUGUUUACUGUGGAGUGAAAGCACUACAGCACUUUCUUUGUUUUUAACAUGUAACCAACACAUGUGUUCCACUCACUGUGAGCUGACCAAGUGACAUGUGUUUUAUGUCAGAAUAAAAUUAGUUUUUAUUA